AUGGGCCAGAAGAAAAGUAGACCCUCAUCAGCGCCUCCACUUGAUCAAACUGUUAUUCGUCGUAUAACACGUGCAACAUCAUUUUUACCUGAUGAAAUUCAGUAUUUUUAUUAUGAUUUUCUUAAAUAUACACCAACUGGACAUUUAACAUUGGCUGAUUUUGAAAAACUUUAUCAAGAUUUAUUUCGUUAUGGCAAAUCAGAAAAAUUUGCUAAAUAUGUUUUUGAUGCAUAUGAUACGAAUAAAGAUAAUAUUGUCGAUUUCGAAGAAUUUAUUAGAGGUUUAUAUUAUACAACGAAAGCAAAAACAAAUGAAAAAGUUCAAUGGGCAUUUGAUUUGUGUGAUCGAGAUUCAAGCCGUCAACUUGAUCUUGAAAAACUUCAAGACAUAAUCGAAGCACUUUAUGAAUUAUCUGAUGCUGACAUGGCACGAAUUGAAACAUAUGACGAAGCAAUGGAACGUAUAAAACUUUUACUUUUAACAGACGAAGGUGAUGAUGGAAUUGACAAAGCUCGAGAAAGUGUAACAAAAGCUGAAUUCAUGGAUAUUGUUCAAAGUGACUCAGCUAUUAUGAAAUUAAUUGAUUGCCACUCAACAAUCAAUAAACGCGGAAGUAAAUCAGAACAUUCUACAGGUUCAUUUAAAAAACAAUUGAAAUUCAAACCUCAGUUAAGUAAAUCAUUAUCAGAUUCACGAUUAACAACUUUAAACAGAAACCAAUAA